UAUAUGAUUUUUUUUUUAUAUUUCAAAAAUUUGGGUUUUUUUCCACUUUUCUGUGUGUCUACGUUACAAGCCGUGUAUAUGUGGCGACACCCACAUUAAACAUAUCUUUAAAUUUAUUUAAUUCAUGCAUUCACAGGCUAAUAUUAAGUUCAUUUAUAUUAGUACAACUAAGGGUUAAGUUAUCCUACAUUCUAUUCUACAUUGUUAUCCUAAGAGUUACACUACUGCUAUCUCUCUUACAUACAAUAAUUAAGCUAUCAUAAUAAUGUAUUACAUAUUGAGAGCAUCAUCACCUGAUGCUGAUCACCGUUACCUAUACCUCUAUAUCAAUUAUUUUGGUAAGUUUUGCAUGAAGUUUAUGUUCCCUAUAUUGGUUUUAAGUAUUUUAUGUGUAGUUAGUGUAUGUUGCAUAAGCAGAGUAAAUAAAUAUAAAAUAAUCCUUUGAAAAUUGUUUUAAAAUAAAUUUUAUGUAAUUUUAGGUUAUAAAAUGCCACGAAGUUGUAAGAAUUCAACAGACUGUUUUUGCUACGUUUGUGGGGAAUUUGUAUUAAAAACACAUCGAAAUGUCAUGACAGAUCUUGUUAAAACAGCAUAUAACCUAUAUUUUGGAUUUUCUAUCGAUGAGCGAGAUAAAAGUUGGCUACCAAAAGUAUGCUGCAAUAGCUGCUCAAGAACGUUGAGAGGUUGGCUUGAAGGAAGUCACAAAUCCAUGCCGUUUACAAUGCCAAUGAUUUGGAGUGAACCUCAGAAUCAUGAAAAUGAUUGUUAUUUCUGCAUGACAUCAACACGAGGGUUCUCGAAAAAAAAUAAAAAUAAGAUUGUAUACCCAAACAUCCCAUCUGCAAAGAGACCAAUUCCUCGCGACCAAUUCCUCGCGAGACUUUUUAUUGAUGCUUCGAAAAUAAGCUUAAAAGCCGUUCUACACCAUAAUGGUAACAAAUACCCAUCUGUACCCGUUGCACAUGCUACAAACAUGAAGGAAAAUUAUGCAAACCUAGAGGUAUUACUUGAAAAAAUUCAAUAUUCUCAAUACCUAUGGAAUAUUUGUGCUGAUUUAAAAGUCGUCGCCAUACUUACUGGAUUACAAGGAGGAUACACAAAGUUUUGCUGUUUUCUUUGUGAAUGGGACAGUCGCGCAAGAGAAAAACAUUACAAACAAAAAUCUUGGCCUCUGAGAAAAAGUUUAACUCCUGGGCUUAAAAAUGUAUCUCAGAAACCUUUAGUCCCAAGUGAGAAAAUUUUUCUGCCACCACUUCACAUAAAGUUGGGACUUAUGAAAAACUUUGUGAAAGCGAUCAAUAAAGAUGGUGCAGGUUUUCAAUAUUUAAAAACAAAAUUUCCUCGAAUCAGUGACGCAAAAUUGAAGGAAGGGAUUUUUGUAGGUCCGCAGAUACGUGAGCUAAUGAAAGAUGAAGCUUUUGAAUCGAAGUUGAGCAAAACAGAAAAAAGAGCUUGGGUGGCGUUUGUGAAAGUGUGUCAUAAUUUUCUUGGGAAUACCAAAGUUGACAACUACCGACAAAUCAUUCGGGAGCUUCUUUCUGCUUAUAAAUCUUUAGGAUGCAAUAUGGAGCCGUAUCAGAUGAGCAUGGUGAAAGGUUUCAUCAAGAUAUAAUGCAGAUUGAAAAACGCUACAAUGGGAAAUGGUCAGCAGCAAUGCUUGCUGAUUUCUGUUGGUCACUUCGCCGAGAAACUCCAAUGGAAACAAUGAAAAGGAAAAAAACUACAAAAUAACAUCAUCUUAUCAUCAUAAAAUCAUACUUUAAGAUUUUUCACUGUAAAACUUGGACCGUAAUAUUUUUUCAUUUUCUUAUAAUAAUAAUUGAUACCUUAAUAA